CAACCCCCGAUCGUGCGUUAAAUAAAUCAUUGUCGAAUGUAGCGAAGUCGCGUGCCGUUUAAAUUGAUGAACCAUCGUCAGAAAAGCCGGGUGUUGCCGGGUUUAAACGGUUCAUGCAUCAUCUCCACUAUCAAAUGAAAAAUGGAGGCGAAAGUUCAGAGGCUCUACGCUAAUAUUAAGGCACUAGCAAAUAAAGAGGAUCAUAAGCAAUUGCAGGAAUUGAUAGUCAACACCAAAGAAGACGAGCUAUGCGGUGUGGUGACCACAGCGAUCCAUCAUGUAGAUCCUCCAAAAUUGCUGAUGAAUUUGUUGGGAAGUUUCAACAGUACAACGGCUCAGACGAAGCGUUUGUGUGUAGUACAGGCAAUUUUGGUAGCUUUGAAAACGGCCAAAAUCACCAAUGCCGACGUUAAUACUAUUAUAUGUGGGAUUGUUAUGGACUUUUCUAAAUACUCAUCGCCUCACUUGAUUAAACUCGUUGAGUUCUGUCAGCAAAGCAUAAUAGAUAACGAUGAUGUCUUCAUGAGUUGGAAAGACAUUCUUCCUCAGCUUCUAGAGGUUCUUGAAGACAGGAAUGUAGUUAACAACAACGGGAACGAAAUAUCAGGCAAAGAUUACAAGGAACUAGUACUAAAAGCAUUGUAUUCAGGGCAAUGGGAUUCUGCAGUUCUACCUUCAUUGACAACUAUGUUUAGGGAAAUAUCCAUGUCCAAAGAAGAGCAUGGAAAAAUUGUACGCCUUUUAUGCAACCGGCUAUCAAAAAUGGAGCCCAAUGAGCUCCCGCCCCUCGUACAUCAGCUACUUGCAUUAUGUCGCCACCAAAAUGCGGGUAUUGUUAUAGUGGCUCUUUCCAAGUAUUUUAAGGAACAAUAUGAAAAAGUGGCAAAUGAGGAUUCACAGGAGUUUUCUGAGGACAUUGUGGCAUUGAGCUUGAAAGAUAUACAAGAAGUAGAAAGUACAAUUCUAUAUCAUAUAUCGCAAGCUGCCAAGGUGAAUCAGAACAGCCUGAAGGACUACUUGAAGGCACUACGUGCAGUUACAAAUCUUCCAGAGUAUGUGUUAGAUCCUUUUGUAAUGACGUUGUUACUGAGUGUAUCUGACAUAUUUGAAGAGGAGUCCCUAGAGCUACUGAAGCUGGGUGUCAAUAGAAUAAUACGGGACACUGAGAGACAAAAGCACAGUGCCUGGCUCAAAGAAGUUCUUGACAAAAACUGCAGCUUAUCAACUAGCUUGGCUACAGUGAUAGAGAACAGUAUUAAAGAUCGACAUAUGGUCGUAAAAGGACUUGUGGACCUAGCGUUUAUGCUCAUGGGAGUUGGAGUGAGGUGGAUGGAAGAGAGUUAUAUGUCAGCAGCUUGGGAUAUUGGAAAUCGAAUCAUUCAAAAACUUAUUAAAAAACGACAAGAGAUUGGCUCUACCGUUCUACAAGCACUGAAUGAUAAAAUAAUGUCUGGAGGAGCCAGCGUGACACAAUACACAAAUUGCCUCGCGCAAAUUUGCAAGAAAGUACCACUGGUAGUUUUCGAAUGUCAAGGCUGGAUUAUAUCUUUAGUGGAACAAUUGUCUGUCAUAAAUGGAAACGCAGCUAGUCAAGUUAUAUUUGCCAUUCUUCCAAUCGUUCACUUCCGGACUGAAAUCAGAGACACGCUUAGCAUUGUAUUGCGAAAAGCGCUGUACUCUAGGAAAACUGAGACUCGUGAAAUGGCAGUGAUUGGAUAUCUUCAGUUACUAAAAAACUUCAAGAUAAAUUCUCUUGGGGCGCUCAGUCAAUCUGCCAACUAUGCUACUUCCAGCUCAUCCAGUUACACGCAGGCGAGUCUUGAGAAUCAUGGGAGAAGAGCAGAGACAAAUCCUGAGCUUAACGCCGUCUUAUGUUACGAAGUUUUGGGAAUUCUAAAGAGAUGUUUCACUCAACAAGCCGAAGUGAAACUUUGCUUAUAUGAUGGCCUGGCUAAUGUAAUUCAAAUGAAUCCUGAACUAUCAACUUAUCUAAUCGAUAUGCUACUCGAACAUUUCAAAUGCUACUAUGAACCAGAUCAGAAUAUUCUACCACCAUUGAAGCUGGAAAAAUGCACCACAAUUCGAGGUGCUGAGUCCGUGCUGCAGGAGCCAAUAGGUAACUUGAUUUUGACCAUGCAAAAGAUAUAUGUUAAAUCAGCGUCCGAGGAUUCUUCUGAUGUCGAAAAUCUCGGAUUCAUACUUGAGUCAUUAUGUAACAGAAUGGCCAAAUCGGAAUUGCAUCAUUUUCAGCUGGAGGAUUGUUCAGAUUUGUUAGACAACGUUCCAGAAUCUCAGGAAAAAUUGCAUAACUUGAAGCAAAUGAUUACGGUAUACGAGGCUCUGAUAGCGUACAGAAUUGUGACCUGGACCAAAGAGUCUGUCAACCCAGCUCACAAGGUCUAUUUACUAUUCGAGGGUUACAAUCGAUUGAUUGCACGCACCAAGCCAAUGGGUAAAGCAAAAAAAGGUGAAGGAAAAAAGAAAAAAGAUAAAGAUGUCACCGAUGCUACAUUUAAAAAGCCUGGUCGGGCUCACACGCUCAAACUGUCGCCCACAAUUUUGGACUUGGACACGAUAUCCAAAGUUGUUUCUCUAUUAUACUCUGAAGCUGUACCCUGGUCGUCUAGAGAAGAAGCGGCAGAAUUACGAGAAAAAGAACUAUUUCACUGCUAUAUUCUCCAAACGUGUAUUCAACUCAUUCAACGUACCAAGCAGUUGAAGAACAAUGAUGUCCAAAAACACCUGAAUCAAGAUAUAAUCAAAUGCUUUGAAAUAGGCCAAAUCCUAUAUACGAGAGUUUUGUCAAAGUUUGACGAGAUCCGUAGUUUUGACCGACAAACCGCGGUUCUUGGUGUAGAGUGUUUCAAAGAAUUGUGCGAUCUGGCCUGCAGUACUUUCCCUGGAGAAUUAGUUCACUUUUUAACUAAAGCAGGGAACGUAAAUCCGAAUAUGGCAUUUGAGGGACAACUGAUGAAUAUGAUAUCUUUGCUGAAAGAUCUUCUGAUAUCAACUCUUGACGAAGACGAGAAUGACGAAGUUAUCUCGAAAAAAAUCUCCUUGACAUUGAUGUCGACGCUGUCUCCACUUAUUCUCAAAUUGCCGUCCACCAGUGACAACAUCCAAGAGAUACUCAAGUGGCUACAUGAAUUGGCGACAAAUCAGGAGAUGGAAGGUAGCUUGGCCGUUGCAAUAAUUCAGUUAAUCCUAAAAGUUGAGGAAUAUACAUUGGACUACGGAGAGAGCAUUGACAAGAUUGUUAGUCAACUGUGCCAGACGUUGGGCAUGGUGAUGGAGGAGGAAGUGCCUAUUGAAAAUCCGUAUAAAGUUAUUAACGAACUCUCUGGGCUACAAAUACAUUCAGUUAUUUGUACCACACUGAAACACAAACUAGACGAUGCCUCCUGGUUUCUGGGUAGACUAAAAGCAGAACAUAUGCUAUCUACGAUGCCAGGAAUGGAUCUACAAGAACGUAGAGAAGUUCUGAAAGAAAAGGAACGUCAGCUGGGUUACCAGUUAUAUCUAAUAGCAAAAACUUUGGAAACAUUGACUAAUGUCGCAGUACAUCCCGGUCCAAACGCUGAAGCCGUCUUCAAGAACCUCCAAAAUUUGUAUAGCACACUGAGCAUGUUCACCAAAUAUUUCUACAACAAGUCAACUGCUCAAAACCCAGUCUUUCAAGCUGUCAGAUUUAUUCCUGUGGUAAAAUUGGCUGGCAAGUCGCUCGCCAAAACUUUGUAUAACUUUAUAACGCACAUUGAAGAGAACCAGAAAACGAAGUCCAAAACAAAGAUCGUAGACGCCUAUGCACAAAGGAGCAAAGUAUUGAAGGAAACUAAGAUCAUCCCAAAGGUCAUUUACGAAAUCGAACAGUUUGGAAAACAUAUUUUAUUACUGGGUAAAAAAACUAAGAUUCCUCUGGAGGAAUACGUCCAAUACAGUAUCACUCGAGAUUUCAGAAUAAAAAAUCCAGCCCUCAUGAAAGGUUUAGAAGCAUUAGAUGUCAGUAUGCUGGAUACUCAAAGUUCACACCUUGACCUACCAAACACGGGGGAUUUGCCGAACAACACAGAGGUAGAUCUUGACACUUCUCCUCCACCAUCAAAGAAGAAAAAAAAGGCGUCUCAGUCACAAAAGUAAAAAAGUAACUAUAAGAAGUGUAGAAUUUGUAAACUAUAUUUUUGAUAUGUUAAGAAAGAGAAAAGAUGUCAGUUUGUUGAUUAUGAUUAUAAAUUCUAAGACUAACAUUUUUAUACAAUAAAAGUAGGAAAUGAAACUCUGUUUCAUUAUACAAAUAAUCGAAUUGUCAUCUGAUAUUCUU